GUGAUAGACCCUCCCUGACUUCAGCGGAAGGAUAUGUGUUUUUGUUUCUUCACUCGGCGGUGACUUCAGUGUCUGGGGAGUGUAGAGAGGUGGAAGACUUUUUCAACGCCGAGUGAAACUAGAAGGAGUUAAGUUUGUGUGUAUUUUAAACAGUUUAAAACGUCGCGGCUUGUGUAACUUUGGCACCGCGAUUACAUUUUAUCCCGUAAAAGUUUGCGCGAACCACCUCCAGUGAGACAUUUUCUUCUGAGAAGUAACCGUCCGGGGAGACAGCUCGACUUCGGGCUGGCGACCUUAUGUGGAUUUUACAGAAAAAAUGGAGCAGAUACCCGGUUUCCCCUGGGGCAAAUCACUAGUCUUCGUCUUCUGCUUCAUCCAUUUCUCUCUGGCUCUGCAAUGUAUGGAUGAUAAGGCUCCAUGUGUUAACAACGCUACAUGUCUGAUCUUAAGCAACGGGACUGAAUACUGCAGCUGUUCGCCAGGUUUCCUGGGUGAGUACUGCCAACACAAGGACCCAUGUCAACCUGGCUACUGCCUGAAUGGAGGGAACUGCUCUGUGUCCAUCUCCGCUGGUGUCCCUGUACCAGGCAGUGCCACAUGCAGCUGUCCACUAGGUUACACGGGGCAACAUUGCCAAACUCCCCAGAACUCCACGUGUUACCCAAACAACCCCUGUGCCAAUCGUGGUGUCUGCACCCUGCUCUCUCUUGACAAGUACAAGUGUGAGUGCACCAGAGGAUGGACAGGAACACACUGUGAGCAUGAGGACAGCUGUCUGUCUAGUCCCUGUGCCAACGGGGGAAAGUGCAGCUCUCUGUCUGGUGGUAGCUACAAAUGCUCUUGUCGUCCAGGCUACAAAGGUCCUCGCUGUCUCAAUGACACAAAUGAAUGUGAAGAUACCCCGUCUCUAUGCCAGAACGAGGGCACGUGUAUCAACAAACCCGGCUCCUACAAGUGUAUCUGUGCCCCAGGGUUUACAGGUCAACACUGUGAAAGCUCUUAUAUCCCUUGCUCCCCUUCACCAUGCCUGAAUGGAGGCACCUGCCACCAGAGCUCUGAAAUCAGCUACUCAUGCCACUGCCUUCCAGGUUUCAAUGGAACUAACUGUGAGAACAACAUCGAUGACUGUCCAAAUCAUCAGUGUGCAAAUGGUGGAACCUGCAUGGAUGGAGUCAAUACCUACAACUGUCAGUGCCCUCCUGAGUGGACUGGUCAGCACUGUACAGAAGAUGUGGACGAGUGCCGGCUUCAGCCGAAUACUUGCCAGAACGGAGGUACCUGCAGCAACCUGUUGGGCAGCUACGUUUGUGUGUGUGUCAAUGGUUGGAGUGGAGUGGACUGCUCUGAAAACAUCGAUGAUUGUGCAUCUGCUGCAUGCAGCCCAGGCUCCACAUGCAUCGACCGUGUUGCAUCUUUUGUCUGUCUCUGCCCCGUCGGAAAGACAGGUUUGCUCUGCCAUAGAGAUGACGCCUGUGUCAGUAAACCUUGUAGAGAGGGAUCUCAGUGUGACACCAACCCCAUUAGUGGCAUGUUCAACUGUAACUGCCCACCUGGAUAUGUAGGCCCCACCUGCAAAGAAGACAGAAAUGAAUGCAUCAUUGGAGCCAACCCUUGCGAACAUGGUGGGAAUUGUGAGAACACUCUGGGCUCCUUCAUCUGCAACUGUGUUAGAGGCUACUCUGGACCUCGCUGUGAACAAGAUGUGAAUGAAUGUGCUUCAAACCCCUGCCAGAAUGAUGGCACUUGCCUGGAUCGUAUUGGGGACUACACUUGCAUUUGCAUGCCUGGAUUUGAGGGGACUCACUGUGAGAUCGAGGUGAAUGAGUGUAUCAGCUCCCCCUGUCUGAACCAGGGUAAAUGUCAGGACCAGGUCAGCCGAUUUGUCUGCGAGUGCCCUGCAGGCUUCAGCGGUGAAAUGUGCCAAAUAGACAUAGACGAGUGUUCCAGCACACCUUGUUUAAAUGGGGCCAAGUGUAUCGACAGACCAAAUGGAUAUGAUUGUGAAUGUGCUGAAGGCUUCACUGGUCUAAUUUGUGAGGAGAACAUCAAUGACUGCGAUCCACCGCCAUGUCACUAUGGUGUGUGUAGGGAUGGCAUCGCCACCUUCUCCUGCGAGUGCAAUCCUGGAUACACAGGCUCCAUCUGUAAUAUCCAGGUCCAGGAGUGCCACAGCAACCCUUGCCAGAACCGAGGACGCUGUGUUGACCUUGUUAAUGCCUACCAGUGUAACUGCCAACAGGGAACCACAGGUGUGAACUGUGAGAUCAAUGAGGAUGACUGUGCUAGCAACCCUUGUGAGCAUGGAGAAUGUCAAGAUGGCAUCAAUGAGUACAAAUGUGUGUGCUCACCUGGAUACACAGGACUAAAAUGUGAAGUGGAGAUAAACGAGUGUAACUCAAACCCAUGUAUGAGUGGGGGAACCUGUGUGGACAAGGUCAAUGGGUUUCACUGCCUGUGCCCGCCCAACACCCACGGCUUUCUGUGCAUCUCUGGGACUGACCACUGCGCUCUUAAGCCUUGUGUGCACGGAGAAUGUAUUGAACAGCAAAAUGGGUAUCGUUGUGAGUGUGAGGCUGGCUGGGAAGGAUACCACUGUGAACAGGAAAAGGAUGAGUGUCAGCCAAGUCCAUGCCAAAAUGGUGGCACCUGUGUAGACCGACAUAAUGACUACAUGUGCCAGUGCCAGCCUGGAUUCAGAGGUGUGAAUUGUGAGAAGAACAUAGAUGAAUGUGCAUCUGGACCCUGUAAAAAUCACGGCAUUUGUAUAGAUGGAGUCAACAGCUACACUUGCCAGUGUAGCCCACCAUUCACAGGUAAACACUGUGAGAUGGAGCAAGUUCCCUGCGCCUCGCAUCCAUGUGAAAGGGGAGGAGUAUGCCAUCCAACUGCAGAUUACACCUCAUAUACCUGUCGAUGUCCCGCUGGUUGGCAAGGUACACGGUGCAACGACGAUCUAAACGAGUGUAUAAAGAAUCCUUGCAGAAAUGGUGGCCUUUGCAUGAACACCGCUGGGAGCUACAUGUGUAAAUGCCAACCUGGAUACAGCGGUCACAACUGUCAGACCGACAUUGACGACUGCUCACCAAACCCAUGCUUGAAUGGAGGCUCUUGUGUGGACGAUGUUGGGAAAUUCUCCUGUGUCUGCCGCCCGGGUUUUGAAGGGGUGCGCUGUGAGACAGAGGUAGAUGAGUGCGCCAGCCAGCCCUGCAUGAACGGUGCCAUCUGCCGGGACUACGUCAACAGCUUUGUGUGCAUGUGCCGGGCGGGUUUUAAUGGAUUCCAGUGUGAACAUAACAUCCCUGAAUGCACUGAGAGUUCGUGUCUGAAUAAUGGGACUUGCAUCGAUGACAUCAACACCUUUUCCUGCCGCUGUCGCCCCGGCUUUUACGGGACAUUCUGUGAGUUUGAGCAUAACGAAUGUGACUCUCAGCCCUGUAAGAACGGAGGCACCUGCACUGAUGGCCUGGGAACCUACCGCUGCACCUGCCCCGUGGGAUACAAUGGGAAUAACUGCCAGAACUACGUGAACUUGUGCAGUCAGGUGGACUGUCACCAUGGUUCCUGCUCUCAGACAGGAACUUCCUGGACGUGCCGCUGUCAAGCUGGGUGGAUGGGACUUUACUGUGACGUCCCCAAUACUUCCUGCCAGGACUAUGCUGCCAGGAAAGGUCUGCAAGUGGAGAAUGUGUGUAAGAAUGCGGGGCGUUGUGUAAAUGUUGGAAAUUCCCAUCAGUGUCAGUGCCAGCCCGGAUACACAGGCUUCCACUGUGAAGAGAUGGUCGAUGAGUGCCAAUCAAACCCUUGUCGCAAUGGAGCUACUUGCAAGGAUUAUCAGGGAACAUAUGAGUGUAUUUGUAAACCAGGCUACCAGGGGGUCAACUGUGAGUAUGAUGUUGAUGAAUGCCACUCGAAGCCAUGCCUCAAUGGAGGAACAUGCAUCAACCUCAUCAACCGCUUUAGCUGUGUCUGCCCUCAUGGAACAAGCGGACUCCAGUGUGAAAACAAUGUGGAUGACUGUGCCCCCAACCCUGGCUCCUCGGAACCUCGCUGUCUGAAUGGAGGACAGUGUGUGGACGGUGUGGGCCAUUACACAUGCUCCUGUCGUCCGGGGUUCGUGGGAGAACAUUGUGAGGGGGAUCUCAACGAAUGCCGGUCUGGGCCCUGCCAUGCUCCUGGCAGCCUCGACUGCGUACAGCUGGUCAAUGAUUACCAGUGCCGUUGUCGCCUUGGAUACACAGGUCGUCAUUGUGAAUCCAUGGUGGACUUGUGUCUGUCCAAGCCGUGCCAUAAUGGUGGUGUCUGCUCAAUGAACAUGAGCUCAGCACAUGGCUACACAUGCUCCUGUCCUCCAAACUAUACCGGCUUCAGCUGUGUUGACAUAGAGGGGUAUCACUGUGGUAAACUACGAUGCCAGAAUGGUGGUAGCUGUGUGGAGACACCGGAUGGCCGUCUGUACUGCCAGUGCCAGCGAGGGUUCACUGGGCCACACUGUGAGAAGGAAAUGAGGUGUCCCUUUGCCUGCAGAAAUGGAGGAACCUGUAUUAAAGACCCAGCCAACCCUUACCAAUACCGCUGCGAGUGUCACUUAAACUUUUCUGGACCAUUCUGUGAGAACAAACUGCACAAUCCACAAACCCCAACCUGUCCCUAUCUGGAGUGUGAGAAGCACUCAGGAGAUGAAGUGUGUGACCAGCAAUGUAACAACCACGAAUGUCAGUGGGAUCGAGGAGACUGCUCGCUCAACUGGACGCAGCCUUGGGUUAACUGCACCGCCAGUGUUCCCUGCUGGGAUCGCUUUAAGAAUGGACGCUGUGAUAAGGAGUGUGACAACUCUGCUUGCCUCUUUGACAGCUUUGAAUGCCAGGAAGCACCAGCAGCCUCCUGCAAGUAUGACAGAUACUGUGCAGACCAUUAUGGUAACAACAUCUGUGACAAGAGUUGUUACAAUGAGGCUUGUGGCUGGGACGGCCUGGACUGUUCGUCUGACAUUCCAGCCAAUUUGGCAAAUGGCACACUGGUUAUCGUGGUCCGGCUUCAGCCCGAGGAACUCCUUGGAGACUUAAGGGGUUUCUUGCGAUCCCUAGGAGUCCUGCUGCACACCAACCUGCGGGUGAAGAUGGAUCAAAAUGGCAAACCAAUGGUGUACCCUUACCAUAGUGUAGAAAAGGAGCUGGGUCAUCGUGUGCAAAACGGCAAACACAAGCGGGAGAUUGGAGAGAUUAUUGGCUCCAUGGUCCACCUUGAAAUCGAUAACCGAGAAUGUUCCCAGAGCUCCGUAUACUGUUUUUCCAACACAAACGAGGCCGCGUCCUUCCUUGCAGCAGCACACAUCAAGGCUGAACUGCCUUACCCUCUAGUAUCUGUUGACAGUCAGCUGACAGUUGGACCUGACAACCAAUAUCUAAUGUACCUGGUUGGAGUAGCAGUGGUUAUCAUUCUGCUUAUCCUGGUGCUGGGGAUGCUGGCAGCCAAGAGGAAGCAUAAACAUGGUGUCUUAUGGCUGCCUGAUGGCUUCAUGGCCAAUAAAAAUGACAAGAGGAGAGAGCCCGUUGGACAGGAUGACUUUGAUAUGACGAAUUUCAAGUCACAGGAUGGAACCAUGAUGGAUGGAAGUCAGAGUCAUAGAUGGCUGGAAGAUGUCCCAUCCAAGAAACCAAGAACUGAAGAUAAACCCUUGUUGCCAAUCUCUAUCGACGGAGGUGUUGACCGAAGAGAGUGGACCCUGCAGCAUCGCAAAGCUGCUGACGUCACCCUUACUCCUCCACAGGCUGACCUGGAUGCCGACUGUUUGGAUGUUAAUGUGAAGGGACCUGAUGGCUUUACCCCUCUGAUGCUGGCAUCACUGCGUAAUGGUGGAGGCCCAGACUGCAGUCUCCAUGGAGAAGAGGAGGAAGAGAGUGGAGGAGAUGAACCAGGGCCAAGUGUCAUUUCAGACCUGAUUGCUCAGGGAGCUUCUUUGAUGGCUCAGACUGAUCGGACUGGAGAGACGGCUCUGCAUCUGGCUGCUCGCUACGCCAGGGCGGACGCUGCUAAGAGACUGCUGGAUGCUGGAGCGGAUCCCAACGCGCAUGACAACAUGGGUAGAACUCCGCUGCAUGCUGCUGUGGCAGCCGAUGCCCAGGGAGUUUUUCAGAUUCUGAUUCGUAAUCGUGCAACGGAACUGGAUGCCAGAAUGAAUGAUGGUACUACGCCCUUGAUCCUGGCAGCCAGGCUAGCUGUGGAGGGCAUGGUGGAAGAGCUGAUCCACUGCCACGCUGAUAUCAAUGCUGUAGACGACCACGGCAAAUCUGCUCUGCACUGGGCCGCCGCAGUUAACAAUGUGGAGGCCACACUUGUGCUUUUGAAGAAUGGAGCCAAUCGUGACAUGCAAGACAAUAAGGAGGAGACUCCCUUGUUUCUUGCAGCCCGAGAAGGAAGCUUCGAGGCUGCCCAGGUUCUCCUGGACCAUUACUCCAAUCGCGAUAUCACUGAUCACCUGGACCGACUUCCUCGCGAUACUGCUCAAGAACGCAUGCAUCAUGACAUAGUCCGUCUACUGGACCAGUACAAUUUGGUCCACAGUCCACACAACGGGCCCAACCACAUGGGUGGGGGAACCUCCUCUGUUAUGUGUGGGGCAAAUGGAGGAUACAUCGGUAUGCGGCCAGGACCACAGGGCAAGAAGAGCAGGAGGGGUGGAAGUGGAGCGAAGGUGGGAGGUGUUGGUGCGGGGCCUAAGGACCUGAAAGACAUGAAGACAAAGAGAAGAAAGAAGCCUGCUGGUGGGGAGGGGCCGGGAGUGGGAGGAAGAAGUGCCGGAGGUACAGGAGGAGGAAACACGAAUGGUGUCAAGGCAGCAGGAGGACUCCCAGAGAGCUCUGUCACCAUGUCACCCGUUGAUUCCCUGGAAUCACCUCACUCCUACACAGGUGAUGUUUCUGGCGCCGUCUCCACCACGGCAAAUUCCCCUCCCCUCCUGAGCAGUCCCACAUCCAGGCCGAUGCUGCCCCCGGUCAGCCACAUGCUAGCGCAGCAACAGCAGCAGCGCUGGGUGGGCAUGACCAAGCACGGCUACAGCAGCCACAUGUUUGGCCUCGUUCCACACCAGAUGGGGGGAUCCCACCCAGGCAUGACCCAACACCACGGCCAGGGUCAGAUGAUGACUCCCAUGAAUGUCACCAUGUCCAGGGAGCAGCUUCCACCCAUCGUCACAUUUCAGAUGAUGGCCCCUGGUGCGGGCCAGGCCAUGCUGAAGCAGCCUCAGGCAGGGCAAGUACAGGUCACGCAGUCCCAGGGGCAGAACCAGAGUCAGGGUCACUCCCAGCAGGGACCGGGCCACCUCCACUGCACCCAGGGUAUGAUGUACCAGAUGCCUGAUCAGAUGACCAUGGCGCACGGGCUCUCCCACACCCUGCAGCACCCCCAUACUGUCAGCCACGGAGGCCACGGAGGGAUUGAGGGCCAGUCCCGGCCGCAGCCCGUGUAUCCAGCCAUGCAGAGCCCUGUGGAUAAAUACCCAACGCCGCCUUCCCAGCACAGUUACACCACCGCAGGUUCAGAUGGCACCACGCCGGGCCACUCAGCUCACCCACCUAGUGAGCACCCAUAUCUCACCCCUUCACCAGAAUCCCCAGACCCUUGGUCUUCAUCCUCUCCGCACUCCAACUCAGACUGGUCUGAUGUCACCACUAGCCCCACCCCUCUUGGAAACUCCCAUCAUGCACUGCCAUCGUCGCACCACACACACAUUCCUGAGCAGGUGCAGCUACAGCCUCAGUCGCAACAGAUCCAGCAGUCUUCUCAACAGUCCCAGCUCCCGAACAUGCAGGUGUUUGCAUAGGUCUGUCUGAAGAAAGCAUAAACAGACUGACUAAAUAAUAGCAUAUAGUAACAUAUUCAGAGCUUUUCUCAUUUCUCUCUUUAAUUUUUUUUUAGUUUGUUUUUGUUAUAAUAAUCAGUUACUUUGUACUUUCUUCUCCUCUUUGCACUUAAGAAGGACUGUAUAGUGUUUAAAAUGUUACUGACUUCAUCAGCUAGAAAUCAAAAGUACUCAAUACCAAGAAGCCUGGAUUUAGUUCCUUUGACACCAGCUGAGCAGCCUACGCUCUCUGUUGACUGAGUCAAGACUCUUUUUGUUCUUUUGGCACCAAACCCACAAACUGCCUAUUGAGGGAUCAUCAAGGAACUUCCAACCAGAUGGAGGUCAGCUAGUACAGCAUCUAAAGACUGUUGAGAUGGACACUGAGACAGAAGUGCAGACCUCCUGCAUUGAUGAGUUUAUUUCUUUCUGCUAUGCGCUAUCCGUUCAGUGUAAUGAGCCUGCCAAUACUAACUCCUUGUUGAAACAAUUCACUCUACUUUUUAAUACGAUGGGUCACAUUCAACUACGUAACUACGUAUUUGAGUUUUUUAUCUGUGCAUUGUUGUUCUUUUUUAUUAUGCUGUACCUUUUUUUUUUUUUUUUUUUAUAAAAGGCAUUUGCAUGAUUAGAAAAAAAAAACAAGAAAAUUACCGGUACACAUCAUCAAUGUCUGUUUCUUGAGUAAACAUUAAUGCAUUUUAGUGCAUUGACUACAGUUGUUACAUAUUAGUGUUUCCCACAAAACUUAUUGCAAAUAAAAUGCAGUUUAUAUUUUUUAUGCAAUUUUAUUUGCAUACUGUUCAGUGUCAUACCCAUGUUUGGAAGGCAGACAGACAGACAGUACCAUUAGGUGAGGUGUUGAGGGAUUCAUUCAGAAACUUUAUGCAAAAACAUACAUUUGUUUUGUCACUCGUUACUGUGGAAAAAUGUUGAGGAAAUGUUCAUACAAUUAGAACAAAUUUUGCUUGUUAUAACUGAGCUUAAUCUGUCAGUGACUUGUUGGCUUUUAAAGAAUAUCUGUUUGUUUUUUUAUAUAUAUGAAUACUGUUCGCACUUCCUGAAUGAUUCUGAAUGUUACAGAGGUGCAUGCUUUUACUUUUAAACUGCCUCUUCUAAAUAUUUUUUCUUCCCAAAUGAUGUAACCAGUUUUGCUUAGCUACAAUCAGUGUCUCUGUGCACAUGUUGUAAUGAUCAUAAACCAAGUCUGAAGGUGUGAGGAAUAAGUCCACUGUUCUGCUUUUAAGUCGAGCGUAGCUAUGUGACUGUUCUGUAAACACAGACAAUCAUUCACUGUUUCACUUUUGAGACUUAAAGAAGGAGCAGAAAAUAUCUCUAAGACCAAAAUGAUGUUUUAAUCAGCCAAAAAUAUUCAUAGUGUCCAAAGGUCAGCUGCAAAUUAUUAAGGUAGACACAGAGCACACCCAUCUUGUGGAAUGACUGUCGUGCCUGUGUGAACAAACCGGAUUUACAUGUUUAAACAAGAUUAUCGGUACCAGACACGUCAGGGCUUUAUUCACUAUACUCCCUGCAGUUUCAUAUGAUGUUCAUUAAGGUGUCAGUUCACGUACAUAUGCAAAGUUAUGUGUCUAUUUUGUAUAUAAAAUGUUUUUUGUUUUUUUUUUAUGUUUACCAUAUUGUAGCCAAAUAGCCCAUAAUAUACAUGCAAUAUGAAGUAGUUGUCAUCAUGUUUGUGUAAGGUAGAACUAAAACUCAUAAAAAAUAAAUUCUUUUGGAAAAGAACAAAUCAUCAACCCAAUUGUGUUUACUGAAAUAAAGCCCAGAACUUUA